AUGAGUAUAAGACCAUUGCCAAAUAUAAUCAUCACUGGUACUCCAGGUUGUGGUAAAACAAGUCAUGCUGAAAUAAUUUCAAAUGAAUUAGAUGGAUUUAAACAUAUAAAUAUUACUGAUUUUGCUAAAGAUAACGAUGCAUAUGAUGGAUUUGAUAAAGAAAGAAAUAGUCAUAUUGUUGAUGAAGAUAAAUUAUUAGAUGCUUUAGAACCAAUCUUAGAAAAGGGUGGUAUACUUAUCGAUUGGCAUGCAUGUGAUAUGUUCCCAGAAAGAUUAAUUGACUUAGUUGUUGUUCUUAGAACUGAAAAUGGUACUUUAUAUGAACGUUUAGAAAAAAGAAAUUAUUCACAAAGUAAAAUUGAUGAAAAUUUAGAUUGUGAAAUAAUGGAAGUUAUAUUACAAGAAGCAAAAGAAUCUUAUGCUGAAGAAAUUGUUGUUGAAUUAGAAUCAAAUAAUACUGAUGAUAUUGAUUCAAAUUCUCAACGUAUAAAAUCUUGGAUUGAUUCAUGGAAAGUUAAUAACCCAGAAGGUGCUUCAAAUGAAUUAUCUAUGUAA